AUGAAGUUCUUUUUCAUUUUAGAAAAAGUAGCCGUAAAAAUAAUGGAUCGAACAAAAAUGGAUGCUAAGGCACAACGGUUACUGGAUCGUGAAAUCAAAUCAAUGGAACAUAUGAAUCAUCCGAAUAUUAUUCGUCUAUUCGAAUGUGUGGAAACAUUAACUAGAACACAUUUGGUAGUUGAAUAUGCUGCUGGAGGAGAACUUUAUGCCUUCGUUCAUGAACGAGGAAAACUAACGGAUGCGGAUGCGAAACCCUUAUUCGCUCAAAUUGUCGCCGCCAUUUCACAUAUGCACAAGAACAAUUUGGUACAUCGCGAUAUAAAACCCGAAAAUAUUAUGUUCACGGAACCCGGUAUUGUAAAGUUAGUAGAUUUCGGCUUCUCUUGCAUGAUUCCAUCUGCGACCCAGCAAUUGACGACGUUCUGUGGCAGCCCACCGUACGCAGCGCCAGAAUUAUUUCGGUACUUGAGAAAUCUUUUCUUGAGCGACAACAGUGAUUGGUGCUUUGACAGGCAACUGACUGUUAUUUCACCCCUAAUCAUUUCGAUUCUUCAAGGUUCAUUCACAUUGCCCAUGUAUCUUGACCAUUCAUCUCGAAUUCUCAUCGAGAAUAUGCUGUCUAUGGAUCCGUACAAGAGGCCAAAAAUCGAAGACGUAAAGGUUUCUUUUGUAGUCUGGUCCGUCAUGAACACUUACGGUAUCACGGAGGAAAUGUUCGAUGAAUUAAAUGAACGUGGUCCUAGAAAUGCAAUGAUUGGCACCUAUCGCAUCGUACAGCAUCAAGUACAAGCAGUCAGCAAUCAAUCGGUAAGUGGAUUUUUUCAUAAACUAGUUAAUGAGUAA